CGGCGUGGGGCGGGGCGGCGGUUCUCUGUGCCGGCUGUUGGUCGCACGGUCAGCUCGGGUCAGCUGCAGCGGGAUCACCGGAGCUCGGGAAAUGGCGGCGCCCAGGUCGGAAGCGGCGGCGGUGGCGGCGGCGAGGGGACAGCCCCCGCGGGGCGGCGGCGCGGGCAGGCUUGGCCGGUCCCGGUGGCGGUGGGGCCUGGCGGGCGCGAGCUGCGCGCUCCUGCUGCCGCUCCUGCUGCUGCUGCUGUGCGCGCCCCCGAGCGUGGCCCAGAAGAAGAAGGAGAACCUCUUGGCUGAAAAAGUGGAACAGCUGAUGGACUGGAGUGUGAGGCGCUCAGUUAUCCGAAUGAAUGGGGACAAGUUCCGGAGGUUUGUGAAGGCGCCCCCCCGGAAUUACUCAGUCGUGGUGAUGUUUACGGCCCUGCAGCCGCAGAGGCAGUGCUCCGUGUGCAGGCAGGCCAAUGAAGAGUACCAGGUGCUGGCAAACUCCUGGCGUUACUCCUCAGUCUUCUCCAACAAGCUUUUCUUCAGCGUUGUGGACUAUGACGAGGGUGCAGAUGUUUUCCAACAGCUCAACAUGAACUCGGCGCCGACCUUCAUGCAUUUUCCUCCGAAGGGGAAACCCAAGCGUGCUGACACUUUUGACCUGCAGAGAAUUGGGUUUGCCGCAGAGCAGCUCGCCAAGUGGAUUGCCGACCGGACGGAUGUUCAUAUCCGAGUUUUCCGGCCCCCCAACUACUCGGGCACCAUCGCCUUGGCCCUGCUGAUCUCUCUUGUAGGAGGCCUGCUGUACUUGAGGAGAAACAACCUGGAGUUCAUCUACAACAAGACGGGCUGGGCCAUGGCUUCCCUGUGUGUGGUCUUUGCUAUGACAUCAGGACAGAUGUGGAACCACAUCCGGGGACCUCCAUAUGCUCAUAAGAACCCUCAGAAUGGACAAGUGAGUUACAUCCACGGGAGUAGCCAGGCUCAGUUUGUGGCCGAGUCACACAUCAUUCUCCUCCUAAAUGCUGCCAUCACCAUGGGGAUGGUCCUCCUCAAUGAAGCUGCCACCUCCAAAGGGGACGUGGGCAAGAGAAGAAUCAUCUGCCUGGUGGGCCUGGGCCUGGUGGUGUUCUUCUUCAGCUUCCUGCUGUCCAUCUUCCGCUCCAAGUACCAUGGAUAUCCCUACAGCUUUUUAAUUAAAUGAAAUCCUGCAGGAUUUGCCCAAGAUGAAUGUUUGCCAUGAAGAUAAACUUUACCUGAUCCUGAUCCCAGUGUUCAUUCUUUAGGAUGUUUGGUGGUUCCACCAGUAACUGUGAUAAGUUAGACUCAUCUUGUAUGUGAUUAAUUGUGCAUUUUGCUAGUGAAAAUAAUAGAACAUUUAAUUUUUGGAAAGACAGCCAAAUGGAACGCCGCCUUUACAGAGGACGCGCCAGACAGCGGUGUGAGGGUAUUAUUUAUUUCCAGUACGUGGUACGGGGUUGGAUUGUUCAGGAAUUGGUCAAAGAAACCCAAGCAUGAUUGGUGUAAGUUCUCUUGCCAGCGGCUCAGACACAAGCUGUGUGCAUGAAAUCUGUGUUCUAUGUGUGUGAAUUCAUCCUGUGGCUGUGAUAAAGUCACUGAGCUCUCA